AUGAGCCGCGCCGUCGCGCCGCUGCUGCGGCUGGCCGCCAGCGCGCUGCCGCCGGCGCCGUGUCGCCACCUCAACUGUAACCGGGCGGUGGUGAGCCGCGUCCACCGGCUGCGCCAUCCGCAGCUGUACCCGACCACCGUGGUGCUGGCCGACGGCUCCACAGUCACGACGCGUUACCACGAGCCCAGGAAGAUCAUCAGGCUGCCGCUGGACGUCAGCACGCUGUCGGAGCAGCAGAGACUGUUGCGACUGCAGCGGCGCAAGCCGCGACAGAAGGUCACCAUGGAGGAGGACGUGGACGACAGCUUCGACGCGAGCCGCUAUCAGAAGUUCUGGAAGCGUUGAGCACCCGCCACCGGCGUACUAAUGAGGCAACACAACUAGUUGUUUACGGUCGCGUGUGCCGGGUCGAUCUAGAGGCGAUUUAGCUGAUGCCAAGGCGGCCAGCGCAAUGCUUGGCCAGCCCGCUGAACCGUCUUCUGAAUACGAAUGCGCUGUCGCGA